AUGACUGAAGUCACGUCGGUCGAUACGGCAGCGAAGGUAUCAAAACCUGCAGGACUCGGACCUACAUCUCUGGAACGGGUACAUCUCCCGCGCAUCUCUAUCAAAUUCUGUACCCAGUGUCGAUGGAUGCUGCGAGCUGCUUAUUUCGCGCAAGAACUCCUCUCAACCUUUGGCACUGAUCUUGGUGAAGUCGCCCUUGUGCCUAUGACUGGUGGGGUUUUUACAGUCACUAUUUGGCACGGUGAUGAAAGUGCGGAUGGGGAGGUGAAUACGCAAGAGAUUAUUUUGUGGGAUCGGAAGAGGGAUGGGGGAUUUCCUGAGGUCAAGGCUCUUAAGUCUCUUGUAAGAAAUGUUAUUGCUCCGGAUAGGGACUUGGGACAUACAGACCGAGCUUUAAAGCAGCAGGCGGAGAAGAAGGAGGACAAGGGAGAGCAGAGCGAGGAAAAGAAAGAGAAAUGUGAGGAUUGUGUGUGA